AUGAGACGACUGAGGCUUCUGCCACUCGUCUCUCUCACAAGAAGAGCGCGCCCUUACAAUCCCCGCCCAUUCGCAGCCAUGGCAACCGCCCAGGCAGAGGCAGCACCCGCCGCGCUCAACGGCCACUCACAAAGCAACGGCCACACAGAAAAGCCCUUCAACAAGAGGCCCAACCAGCAGAACAAUCGACAGUGGAAGCAGAAGAAGACAAAGCGGGAGAGGAACAUUACUGAGGGGUCGUCUGAGGAGGUCCUCAAGUAUGACGUCGAGGCUCUGCUCAAGAUGAGGGCGGUUGAGUAUGGAGAGGGGACUGAGAAUGGGGUCGAGGUUCUUCCGGAGGAGGGCACCGAGACGGAGGUCGAGGUUCUGGAGCUGUCGUCUACGGGAGAGGGUCUGGCUAUGAGACCCGGCUCGAAUCAGGUCUACGUUGUGCCCUUCACCGUUCCUGGUGACCUGGCGAGGGUCAAGGUUUUCCGCCAUGUGCGCCGCGACAACCAGACCAUGGCCGACUUCAUCUCCGUCGUCAAGCCUUCCCCUCUACGCGACGAUGCCCGCAUCAGCUGCAAGUACUUUGCUUCGUGCGGCGGCUGCCAGUUUCAAAUGCUCGACUACGCGGAGCAGCUCCGCCUCAAGAGGCGCGUCCUCGAGAAGGCCUACCAGAACUUUUCCAACCUUGAUCCUGCUGUCGUGCCUACUGUUCAAGACACAAUGGGAAGCCCUCUGCAGUAUGGAUAUCGCACCAAGUUGACGCCGCACUUUGACGGACCCCCUGGAUUCCGUCCCAGCAAGAGGGGGAAGAACCCCCGUGUCCCCUUUGAGAGCUGCCCCGACAUUGGUUUCAUGCAAAAGGGCCGUCGAAAGGUGUUGGAUAUCGAAGACUGCCCUAUCGGCACCAGUGCCGUUCGUCUGGGUAUGGCUAAAGAGAGAGAACGCAUGCAGAGCGAGUUCAAGGAUUAUAAGCGUGGUGCUACCCUCCUCCUGCGAGAAAACACACAGCGUCUGCCAAAGGACAGCCAAGAUAUACCCUCCGAACUACCCCCUCACACCGUCCGCGUCGACAACGAAGACACAGUCGACAUCAAAUCCUGCAUCACAGACUCCAAGGCCACCACCACCGAGUACAUCGGCCCCUACACCUUCACCAACCCUGCCGGCUCCUUCUUCCAGAACAAUAACUCCAUCCUCCCAUCUUUCACCACCUACGUCCGCGACCGCAUCCUGCCCCCUACCGGCUCCGGCAUGGAGAUCAAGUACCUCAUCGACGCCUAUUCGGGCUCUGGCCUCUUCACCAUCACCCUGUCGUCCCUUUUCCAGCACUCUAUUGGUAUCGACAUUGCUGCCGACUCGAUCGCCUACGCAAGCCGCAACGCCGCCCUCAACGGCCUCAACGAGGAUCGCUGCAAGUUCAUCGCCGCCGACGCAGGCGAGCUCUUCAAGAGCGUCACAUACAACCGCGACGAGACCGUCGUCGUGCUCGACCCCCCUCGCAAGGGCUGUAACGCCGACUUCCUGGGCCAGCUGCGCAAGUUUGGCCCCCGUCGUGUGCUCUACGUCAGCUGCAACGUGCACACUCAGGCCAGGGACGUGGGCGUCUUGGUGCGCGGCGAGGGCGAGGGUGAGAGAUACGAGAUUGAGAGUCUGAGGGGUUUUGACUUCUUCCCUCAAACUGGACAUGUCGAGGGCGUUGCUAUUCUCAACAGGGUUGAUACCAAGGCAUGA